ACACCCUGGCAGCCUGCGCGCGAUCAUGUGGUCGCUCAGGUCGGCUUGUGAUUGGUGGAGCUCUCCCCGCCCUCUUCCCCCGCCCCCCUCUCGCGCUGGUUAUAGAGUCAGGCAAGGUACGCGGCGUCUUUAAAAUUUAACGCUGUUCAUUGUUAAUUUUUAAAUAGAUUUCAAAUUUUACAGCCAUGCCGAGCCUCUCAAAGACGGUGGGCAGCAAGAGGGAAGAGCGCGCCGUGGGAUACAUGAGCCGCUUCGCGCUGGAGCGAGACGAGAGCUCGGACGCCGGCAGCAGCCUCUCCGCUACCGAGGACGAUGACGCCUCCUCGGAGCUUGAUGAGAAUGAUUGUGAAAGGAGAAGGAUGGAGUGUCUGGACGAGAUGUCUGAUUUGGAGCAACAAUUUAUGGACAUCAGAGACCAUAGGCUUUACCGUGAGCGCCUCAAUCAGGUGGACAGCAAACUGGAAGAGGUGACGGCAGAGAGGGGACCAGAGUACAUGGAGCCCCUCAAUGCCCUGAGACGAAACAUGGAGAUCCGCACAGAGGUGGCAGGCGUCUACAGAGAACUGUGCCUCAUUGGUGUAAAAAACAAGUAUGAGUGUGAGAAGCAGGCAGCCAUGCAAAACCUGCAGAAUGAAAAGGUACUUGUGUUUGAAGCUUUGCGCGGGGAUCUUGAAGAAAGAAUCCGCCGUCUGGAGGAGGAUCGAUGCAAUGCAGACAUCACAUCUGAACAAUGGGGUGACGACACGCCCUCCAAGUGGAACAAACGAAAGUCCGAUGUCUUUGGUGCUGCGAAACGAAAGAAGCCCGUGACUGUCGCAAGCCCGUACAUUGUCUACAUGCUGAAGGAGGUGGAUAUACUGGAAGACUGGACUGCAAUCAAAAAGUGCUACAACAACCACUACCCGCACUGGAGGGGCAUUGGUCAAGAGAACAGGUGGAACCAAGACUGAGCAACUUUGAAGGACUUAAAGAAAGGAUGUUCCCCCCCCCCCCCCCCCGAUUACUGGGCAUGCUGGGAUGCUAUAUUACGUUGAGUGUGUUGUGUUUUUUGACAUGGGGGUGGGGGGCGAAACAAUCGCGUUGAUUUGUGUGCCUGCCAUAAAACUUUAGUGUUUGGCAUGUGCUGUAUUAGGAGGGCUCCCCCCCCCCCCACUCCUCUCACUGAUCAUAACCCAUUGUAUAGGCAUGCGGGUUCUAUUAAUGGCGAUAUGCUGUGCAUUGUGUGCCAUGUGCUGUUCAUUCACAAGAGCUGUGCACUGCACAUGUUGGCAGGGUACAAUUGCUCACUAGUUUUCCCACGGGAGACUUUCCCCGUAAGAGAAUGUUUUAAUGGUGAGCUGUAAGUACGGUUGUAUUUCUUUUGCCUGCGGUACACGGGCCAAUAUUUUUUUACGUGUCCAUUCAAUGCAGUUGCUAUCUUCGUAAGUGUUGAAAAUGGUGCUGAGCUGUGCAUUUCCCUAACAAUUUUGAAGCUCUUUAAAAGACAUUUCCGCUAAGAACAGGAAAUGGAAAUUAAUCCAUUGCAUUAUACCUUUGGAAAUUUUGGGAAGUACCCAAUAUACCAAUAGGUAUAGUAAACUAAUGUCAAGUAAGGCAGAGGUUGCAGUAUAACUAGUUCACCUGAACCUAGUGAGGCCAAUACGUGAAACUUAAUGGCAUAAUUAACUACUUUGAAUUUGGUAGGAAAUUAUGCUUAAAUGAUUGAUUUUGUGAUUCAUGUAUGUAUGUAUGUGCAGUGUUUUACGAGUGUAAAUAGCCAUUUUUGACAUUGGUAUAUUCAUUCAUGUGCAGUAUAAACAUUUUUAUGCAAUGCAGUUUUUAAAAAAAGAAGUGUUUUUUUUUUACUAUCGAAAUAAUAUUGAGAAUUUAUUUUCACAGCUAAGUCAGCUUUGUUUAGGAAUCACCUGAUUGGUUUAUAUUGAGGUAUAUAUAUGCAGCCAUUGUGAGCAUUUGUGUUGCAGUUUAAUUUUUUUGGUGCACCGUUGAGAUUUUGCAUUCAAACCUGACCGACCAUUAUGAUUCGAAGUGUCGCUGAUUGAUUAUCUCAGCCGGUCACGAAUGACUGCACGCAAAAAACCCCCAUGACAUUACAUUUGAGCAUUCAUUUAAAUUGGAUUAAUUCCUUCUCCUUGGACUUGAACAUUUCAUUUUACUUGGCAUGCGAUGAGCACUCGUUGCAAAUAAUUUAAGAAGUAGUUCCUUAACAUUUUUCAGGGCCAUUCUAUGAAUUUAACAUGGAAAUAUUGUCUCGUAACAAUGCCGAUACUAUCUGGCGGAGCCAGUGGUGGUGGGGGGGGGGUGUCGGAUCAUUGGGGUUUAUUAGUAAUUAAUCGGCAUUUUUCGCCCCCCCUCUGCCACUGUGUAGCAUAUUAUUACGUGCCAGGGACUCUACGAGAUGAUAGGAC